UAAUAAGAGAUAUAAUUGAAUAAUAUAAUAUAUUUAUGAAUGAAUAAUGGUAUAUCAAAGCAGUAGAAUCAAUACGUAUGAAAGAUCAAUGGUGAAUCACCUUGAGGAAAAAACAAAUAUUAUAUAUCAUGCAGCAUUUAAGCAAUUUUUGAAGUCUAAUGUUAGAAAUGAGGCAGAUUCGCGAAAUACAAAAGCCCGAGAAAAACUUACAUAUCUUUCUAAACAACAAUUUUAUGAGCUAUCUACGGAUGUAUAUGAUGAGCUUAUACGUAGACAAACGAAGAAUCUUGAUACAACAUUUUUGCAGCCGUGUGAAUCAUUUCAUCCUAAAAGGAAUCAGGCACGUCAAAAACUGUCUACACUAUCUAUAUUACGCUUUUUGGAUCUUCUAGGGGAUGUAUCAUUUGAAUUAGAACGAAGAUUUCCAGAAUUAGCAGAAAACUCAACAGCAUCUAAGUGUAAUGAGGUAUACGCAGAACCAUGUAUUCAAACAUCGGAACCUACGAAUAUGUUACUUAAUUCGGGACUGUUAGUUCCAAAAACAUUUCAUCCAGAUACAAUUAUUCCAAACAAGUCUGUUAUGAUUGAGGAAGGAUCUGAUGCGGAAAUUUCACCUAUUAAAGCGUCGGGUUCAUCGAGUUCAUUUCGUUUAGACGCAGCUGCUUCACAAGAAUUAUCUAGAAGUUUAGAUAAAAAGACCGAAGAUUAUAAUCUUAGGUUGAAAGAAAUAAAUUAUCAUGAAAAUAUAAUAAGUUGCAAAAAACAAACAAUUAAUGAUAAAACCGAAUCCAUAGAUAAUACACUAAAGAAUGAGCCUACAGCAGAUUAUGAACACCGUAUAAUUACUCUACAAAAUAAAAUAUUUUUUUUCGAGUCUCAACUCAAUAUAGUUAAUGCAAAAUUAGCAGAAUCAGAACAAGAACUUUCCUUGAUUAAAAAAACAUAUGAAAAAAAUGUUGAGGAUGAAAUACAGUUAAGGAAAAAACUUGAAAUUAAUCUAAAAGAGCUUCAACAGUCUAAUAAAAAUCUAAAUGAAGAAAUACAAAUCCUUAACAAAAAACAAGAUACACUGAAUAAAAAUAAUGAAAAAUAUCAAUUAUUACUUCUUAGUUAUGAAAAAUUAAAAUCCGAAAUGGAGGAACAACAACGAGUUACGAAUGAGGUUAAACGUGAAGCUAGAGAAUUUCUUAAAGAGAUGAAAUCUUUAUCGGAGAAAGAAACAUCUUCAUGGCAACAAAUCGAAACAUUAUCACAACAAGUAUCUUUUCUUCAAGAUGAAGUUAAAGAAUGGAAAAAUCAGUAUUCAAAAGUUAAAUCCCAACUUCUUGGUUUGAAAGCAACAUCUUAUACUCAACCUUUAAAAUUUAAAGCAAAUUAUGAAAAUUGCAUUGAAGAGCAUGGAGUAAUUAGCAAUAUUGCUAUCACGAAUUUCCAAAUUGCAAUAGACGAUCUUUUGCAUGCUGGAAGAUCCUCGGAACAUAAAAGUGUCCUAGAAGCUAUGAAAGAUGUAAUUGUAUCAAUAAAAUCAAUAAAUAUGAACUUAGAAGACAAUAAACAUAAAAGUAUAUUUGAUGAUCCACAAAAGAGUUCGGCUAUUGCAAAAUUAAAGUCAAGAAUGUCUGCUACUACUAAUAAUUUAAUGAUAGCUUCUAAAAAUCAUGCUCUUAAUAAAGGGCUAGGUCCUGUUAGUUUAUUGGAUGCUGCAGCGUUUCAUCUUACUGCUACUGUUAUCGAAUUAGUUAAGCUCGUAAAAUUGCGACCUUCAACUCCUGCAGAUUCGCAGGAAGAGUUGAAUGAUAAUUUCGAUAAUAUCAAAGAAUUACCUAUAGAUUUAUCUUUAACACAAACUAAUUUAGAUGCUCCAGAAGACAAAACACCAGAAAUAUUAUCAAAUGAUGCAGAUAUCCCUGAUAUUUGUUCAACAAAUACUGAUACUUCAAAAAUGCCGAAAACUUCCGUUCUAAAAGCAGUAAUAGAUUCCGACUUUGACAAUAAUUUAGAUGAUUUUAAGAUUUUCUUAGAAACAAAAACAGAAGAUAUUGUUGAAUUAAUACAAGCUUUUCUUUCGUCUAUAAGAGCUGAUGCCCAGAUAAAAAAACUAAAGGACCAUAUGACAAAAAUAACAAAUAUUGUUCAAAGUCUGGUCUCAAAAACUUUUCAAGUUAUAGCAAUAGAAAAUGAUGAGAACCUAAGAGAAAAAAUAUCAACAAUAAUAAAUGGGUUAAUAAAUUGUUGUUCUAGAUCUGAAGAACUACUCGGUGAUAAAAUUGAAAAUAUUAAUAUUGAUAAAUCAUUUAAACAAAAACUAGCAGGAAUCGCAUUCGAUAUUGCUAAACAAACAAAGGAAUUACUAAGAACAAUAAAUGGUAAUAAUGAGAAUGCAUAAAUAUAGAAAUAUAAAAUUCUAAAUAACUAAAUAUAUUGGCACAAAC